CUUAAAUACCAGCCCCUGAGGAAGCUGAGCUGGUUUGUAAUCAUAGGGCAGUAACAGCAGCCGCAGCAGCAGAGGUAGUCUGAGGUGGUGGAGGAGCAGGAGCACCAUGAACACACAGGUGUUUCUGAGGAGUAAUUAGAUAGCUGUGAAGGAGAAAAUACACCUUUGAGUUCCUACCUGUGAACACAAUAGCGCUGAAAGAGACAGUCUGAAAGCAGAGAGGAAGAGGUUUGGUCAGUCCCACCAAGAGACACAAAGUUGAAAGUUUGGGGUUUUUAUUUUUAUUUUUUUUCCUCCAUUUCAUUUUUUCCUGUGUGUCACUACAAUGGUCAGAAAGCCUGUCGUGUCCACCAUCUCCAGUGGAGGUUACCUGCAGGGGAAUGUUAAUGGGAAGCUGCCUUCCUUGGGUGGCAAGGAGCCCCCUGGGCAGGAGAAAGUGGUGCUGAAGAAGAAAAUCACUUUGCUGAGGGGCAUCUCCAUCAUCAUUGGCACAAUCAUUGGAGCAGGAAUCUUCAUCUCUCCCAAGGGCGUGCUCCAGAACACGGGCAGCGUGGGCAUGUCUCUGAUUAUCUGGACAGUCUGUGGGGUCCUGUCACUAUUUGGAGCCUUGUCCUAUGCCGAGUUGGGAACAAGUAUAAAGAAAUCUGGUGGUCAUUAUACAUACAUCCUGGAGGUCUUUGGCCCAUUACCAGCUUUUGUACGAGUCUGGGUAGAACUGCUCAUAAUACGCCCUGCAGCCACUGCUGUGAUUUCUCUGGCCUUUGGACGCUACAUUCUGGAACCCUUUUUUAUUCAAUGUGAAAUUCCUGAACUUGCAAUUAAGCUCAUUACAGCUGUGGGCAUAACUGUAGUGAUGGUCCUAAACAGCAUGAGUGUCAGCUGGAGUGCCCGGAUUCAGAUUUUCCUAACCUUUUGCAAGCUCACAGCAAUUCUGAUAAUUAUAGUCCCUGGAGUUAUGCAGCUAAUUAAAGGGCAAACACAUCACUUUAAAGAUGCCUUCUCAGGAAGAGAUGCGAGUAUUAUGGGGUUGCCACUGGCUUUUUAUUAUGGAAUGUAUGCAUACGCUGGCUGGUUUUAUCUCAAUUUUGUUACUGAAGAAGUAGAAAAUCCUGAAAAAAACAUCCCCCUUGCCAUAUGUAUAUCCAUGGUCAUCGUCACCAUUGGCUAUGUGCUAACAAAUGUGGCCUACUUUACGACCAUUAGUGCUGAGGAGCUGUUGCUUUCAAAUGCAGUGGCGGUGACCUUUUCUGAGCGGCUACUGGGAAAUUUCUCAUUAGCAGUUCCGAUCUUUGUUGCCCUUUCCUGCUUUGGCUCCAUGAAUGGUGGUGUGUUUGCUGUCUCCAGGUUAUUCUAUGUUGCGUCUCGAGAGGGUCACCUUCCAGAAAUCCUCUCCAUGAUUCAUGUCCGCAAGCACACUCCUCUGCCAGCUGUUAUUGUUUUGCACCCUUUGACGAUGAUAAUGCUCUUCUCUGGGGACCUCUACAGUCUUCUGAAUUUCCUCAGUUUUGCCAGGUGGCUUUUUAUUGGGCUGGCGGUUGCUGGGCUGAUUUAUCUUCGAUACAAACGCCCAGAUAUGCAUCGUCCUUUCAAGGUGCCGCUGUUCAUCCCAGCUUUGUUUUCCUUCACGUGUCUCUUCAUGGUUGCCCUUUCUCUGUAUUCGGACCCAUUUAGUACAGGAAUUGGCUUCAUCAUUACUCUGACUGGGGUUCCUGCAUACUAUCUCUUUAUUAUAUGGGACAAGAAACCCAAGUGGUUUAGAAGAAUGUCAGACAGAAUAACCAGAACAUUGCAAAUAAUACUGGAAGUUGUACCAGAAGAAGAUUGUCGUAAAUUAUGAAUUAAUGCAUCUGAAAUCUUGGCAAUCUAUUCUUGGCCUUGUGUCUGCCCAGAGGGCUGAAACAAAAUGUGCAUCUUCAGGCAUUUUAUGAAAAUCCAGAGGAUUGCAACUUUGGUUUUGGACUAAAGGAAUCAGUUGUUGCUAUUCCUAUCUUUUAAUGUGUUCAAGCUGGUUUCUAAGAAAUUUAGUUUUAACUCCAGGUAGUUACUGAAAGCAGAUGUGUUAUGCAAGUAUUCAAUGAGUUCACAUGAUUUUGGAAGUUCUGAUACCUACGUGAAGUGAGAGGAAAAAGAUUACCGAGUGAACAAUUCCUUUAGUGAUCUUUGUAACAUAUCUCAUCAUGAACACCGAGAUGUUUUCUGUGUAUAUGGCUUUUAUAGAAAUAAUUUUUAUAUACUGUAGAUGACUAUACUGUGAAAAGUGUUUUCUGCUCUUCUGGGGGGGGAAAUUGUACAUCAUCAUUCUGAACUGAGGAAAGAAAGAAAUACAUUUUAUGUUGGCAUUGCAUUGCUUCCUCUUAGACACCAACUUAGAUAUCACUCAUCUUUUACUGCAUUACACCCAGAGCAUUCUGAACAAACGACAGAGAGGAAAUGCCUAAUUUUAAUGAAUACAUUAAAGAAGAGUUUCCAGGGGCUAUUGUUUAUGAGAAAAAUCCAGGAAUUUUGUCUAAAAAUUCUGAUAAUUGAUUAUGUUAAGAUUUUUUUUUUUUUACACUCUUUAUCAGGAAAACCCACUUUGUUUUCAUGGCAGCCCACUUGAUCAUGAGAGGAUGUAACAUCUUUCUUAGAGAAAGCAAUAGUCAAUUUGUUAUUAAAGCCUCUUAAGCACAAUCAUUUGUUUCCCUAAUAACUUACCCCUUGAUAAUAUAGCUAAAUAUAUGCAUUUUUAAAUCUUCAAAUUGCAAUUUCCUUAUAAGACAGAAAUCAACAAGGAGAAUACCCAAAAUAUUAUGCCCAACCCUGUAAUCAUAUCUAUUUGCAGUGUUAGUGAUUAUGAACAAUUUUUAAUCUCAUAGCUAUUUUUACAUGGUAAUAAAUUUUGACAGUUUGUACAUUUCCUUUAUAUAUUUUAUAUUCUGUUAAAAUAUCUCUUCAGAUGAAACUGUCCAGAUUAAUUAGGAAAAGGCAUAUAUUUGCAUAAAAAUUGAGGAAGAAAUGUCACCGCUAAAUAAGAUUUACAACUGAUGUUUCUAAAAAUUUUCCACUUCUUUAUCUUAGCUUUGUCAGUUAUUUCCUCACCUUAAUUAUCAUUCAGCUUGCAAAAGAGAUAACUGAUAACAAAUUCACUAAAAGAAGGAGAAACUGUGUGUGUGUAUUCAGACAGGUGUUUUAUGCUAGGUUUAGAAAAUAUUGUGGAAUUUUCAAAUAGGGUAAUAUAAUGAUGGAAUGUGUAAACCAUUAUUUACAUACAUCUAAGAUCAAAUAGUCAUACCAGAGUAUGUUUCAUCCUCUAAUUUUAAAAGUAACAAUUUUUGAAAGAACUACACUGAUUAAAAUCAUUGAGCUGAUACAGAGUUUAUAGAAAAUUGACCAAAGCAGAAACGAUAAUUUAUAAUUUGAGGCAAUUCCGUCACUAAUUUCAGUUUUUGCUCUUGAUAACAUUUAAUACACAUUCAAGAUUGACAUUAUUUUCAGCCAAACCUGGUGUUUGGGUCUUUAAGUGAAUUCAUAAAAAUUCCUUCCCUUUUCUCUUCCCAUCUGGUUUUCAAAUUUGAUCUGUAGUCUCUGCUUCUUAUAUCCAUUUGUCUGUAUCUCUUGCCACUCUGUUGCUGAGGUAGAAAUAGAUUGUGUUUAUAUUCCCCCCCCUUUUUUUUAACCGUCUAGGCCCAUGUAAUAUAAACCAGAAAACUCUUCUUAAGGGUUUUUAUGGGGUUUGUUUGUUUUUUGUUUGUUUGUUUUGUCUAAUGAAAAAAAAAAUAGAUCACAUGGAGAGGUUUACAUAGUUCUUGAUUAUUCCUGAGAAUUAUGUGCUUAUAACCACAGUGACAGAUAGGUCUCAUUUUAUUUUGUUAUUUUUUGUUUUAAUUUCUUUUCAAAUAUAACAUCGUAAGAGCUAACUAGGAUGCAUUUCAUUAUUUUUCCCAUCAUUUUAAAAAAAUGAUUUUUGCAUUGUUAAAUUUCUAAUGCUACUAUAAUUUUUAACCUGACAGAGAGUAAGUCAGUCGGUAAUUUUUUUAAAAGUAAUAAAGACUAAGUUGUACUUCAAUUUAUUUUUAGGAUAUACCACGACAAGGUGCAGGGUUUCAAUAAUCUGGAAAUCGAUAUUCAUAAUUUUUAUUCAGAUAAUAUCAAAUCAAGACAACUCUAUUUGAAAACUCUCCUGAACACUAAUAUGUAUAUUUUUAUUUAUACUAAGUAAAAUUUUUUCUCAUAUAUUUAAAAUUAUAUAUAGAGACAAUUAUAUAUAAACCAUUACAUUAUACCCGCACCAUUGUGGAUAUUCAAAUGUUUAUAUACAUAUUAUGAGUUUAUUAUAACACAAAAAGUAAAAGUGGCCAAUACAGUUUAAGACAACAAAUAUACUAUUUUCAGAUGUACUACUUUUUGAGUAACAUGGAGUCUCAAGUAUUUAAUUGCAAAUUAAACGGAUUUAGUAAAGACUUCCAAAGCUAUAACAAUUUGAUUUAAAAAAUGGACUGAUUCUCCUUAUGCAAUUACAAAUAUUUCAGUAAAUGUUUUUGACUCACUUUUAAAAAUGUUAGAUUAUUGCUGCUAGAUUAUUUUCCUGAGAUUUUUCUUUGGUCAGUUGAGGAAAAUUGGACUAUUAUGAAUGUUUAGGUCGGCUGGAAAUAGAUCUUGUUCUUGUCUUUCUUCAGGAGAUUAAAGAUUUGUCUUAGAAAAGAUGGCGGACUCCAAUACGCAACAUAAAUGUUAGGUGUGUGCACCCACAAAUGUACAUGUGUGCUUAUACUGUAUUCUUUCCCAUCUCUGCUGGGACAAAAGUAAGAUAGAUUAUUAGGUUACAUUAGCAAUGCAUAGCUGUUUCUCUAACACUAAAACAGGUAUGUCGAAACAAAUUUCUGGAUUAUUUUAUGUGUCUGGUGAAAGUGUUUCCCCAGUUGCUAUUUGGAAUAUUAACAGACAGUUAACCUGAGUAUAAUUACUUAACUCAACAUAAUUUUUAUGAACUGUAAUCAGUCUUCAGGAAACUCAUUAUUUUACCUCUAUUUGUAGAUGAAUGUAAUACCAACCAAGAAAGAGGGCAUCGACCUAUAGAGGAUUUCUUAUAAUUGAGGUAUAGGUUAUGAGAAUAUAGAAUACUGAAGGCCUGAGUAGCAGGAAAUGAAAGAUAGCAUAUGACUGGAAGUAAUGAUAUUUCGAUGUAACUUAUUAUGCCGCAUGGUCAGAGAAGUAUUAAAAAUUAAUUGUCUGUUGUGCAUAAGUGGAUAUCCCAAGUAACUAAUGAAAUGUGGCUUCAGUGCCCCUCACUUAGACAUGUCCCUUCCUAAUGUUGCAUUUGGAAAUUUAUAUUAAUUUUUUUGAAGAAGAUCAGAAAAAUUGUAUACAUUUCUGGCCCUACAAAAUCUGCAUCUGUCCCUGUGAGUAUAGUAAAAUAACUUCCAUUACUUUUUCUAGUAGAAAUAAACACAGGCCACUUAUAGAAUAUAUCUUUAAAUAAUAAAGUUUUGAGUUAAUUGAAGUAUCUAUGUAUAAUUUUACAUGGCUGUCAUAUAUUUUUAUAUUUUGUGAUAUAUAAGGAGAGCGUUCACUUUUGAUAUAUUUUAUGAUUCAGUUCUGAGUGACAGAAAAGCAACAAAUAGGGUUUUAAUUGUAAUUAUUUUUCUUAGGAAAGAAAUAUAGUGAGAUUUGGAAUUUGAAUGCAGAUGAGUAAAAGAUUGAUUUUACUUAAAUGUAAUCUUGCUUCAUUUUACCCCACAUGAUAUGCUGUAUGUUGGUGCUGAUAAUGUUUACAGAGUCACAUUUUACUUUGUUAACAAUUUUAACAAUUCAAAGUCAGGAAUUAAAGCAUGACAUUGUUUAACUGGCAAGAAACUUGUGGCGGAUAUAUAGGUAAUGAGACAUCUUGACAGCUUCUGUUUACAUAAUUUAUAUGUAAGGUAAAAAUUUAUUACCUAUAAGUGUAUUUUAGGUUAAUUUUCUCAUAAACAGUAUUUUAAAUGUAUCUCAAUAUAUAUAAUACCUCAAAGUAUAAAAUCUAGGUAGUUUUAAUACUGUUCUUAAAAAGUUAUCUUAACAUCCAAAUUUUGAAGAUAAUCCUUACCUCUUUUUGUUGCAUUUUCAAAUUAGUUGGUGUCUAAAGUAAAUGCUUGGUCUAUUUUCAGAUUCACAACAAAUUCACAAAGGUGUAAAUCCCAGUCUCACAGAAAGUUCACCAGGUCUCCAUGUUGUGAGAUAUUGUCUGUCUUUACAACCUCCUAAGGAUAUUAGCUUGAUCUAUUUGAACCAUUUCUGUUUUUUCUUUUAAAUGAAUCCAUGAUUUCCUUUGUUUUAUUUGUCAUAUUUUGACAUGAUAUCCUCGAGAUGGGAGUGAGUCUUAAUUUGAACUAACACAAUGACCCUAAAUAUCCUUAGUGUGAAACUGCCCCUUGGUUUAUUUCCUUGAGAGUCCUCACCUCUCUUGUCUUUGUUACCAUUGGCCUUAAAAUAUCAGUGGGAGAUGGUUAUCUCAAUAGUUAUCUAUUACAUGUGUGUAUUUCAAGUACUUAGAUCAAGGGUGCAUUUAUGGUAUCAGUAACAGCCUUAACAGUUGUACAGAGAAAAAUUCUCUCAAGAAAACUGUGGAGUAGUAGGCAUCUGAGAGCCAUGCAGAUGGACACAGUGGUUUGAAAAUGAAUAUACUUGUUCUUCCCUCCACCUAUACACUACUGACUUUUUUUUUUUUAAGUAUGACUUUCAAGCACAUUAAUUUAUUGGUUAGAAGACUUGUUUGCUGAGUCCUUCCUUAUUACCUCUUGAAGUCUUUAGAGGUCAUGCUGAAAGCUACAGAAACAAACAAAAAAGACUGAAUCACAGUUAUGUCUUUUGCAGAAGGGAUUGUAUUUUGAGCACCUUGGGUGACAGUGUACUUUGCACAAAAUCUUAUAGGAAAACUUAUUAGGCCUUUGGGUGUUACAUGUGUAUAACUGGUUGGGUUGGGAGGGAUUUGACUUAGAUGAUGAUUAUGAAAGAUAGACCUCACUUACUCCUACUAGUUAGUAAUCUUCAGUACAUGCUCGGAAGCUCAUUUGUAUCAGACCUGGAGGCAAUGCAAUGUAGUUCCUUGUUUUUUAUUUGAACUGUCUUAUUUUGAAAGAUUUUGGAAUAAUUUUUUUUCCCUAGAAUUUCUCCUUCAUUCAAAAUUUUCAUUUACUGACUAAUGUAAUAUAAAGAAAAUUAUCUUAACGUAAAGUAAUACUUUGGGGAAAUAAAAGAUUGUUUCAAAUGAAUGUAUGUGCUUUUAACAGAAUAGGAGUAAUCUACAUUAAACUACUGUUGUUUUAAGAAUUUCAUACACUACCAUAUAGCACUUUUCAAUUGCUCUGGAAGCAAAAAAAAAAGACCCCCAUAUAUAUCUAUGGUUAUCACAUAAACCACAAGAAUCCUCCAAAAAUUUUAAGUAGUCUUGGACUUUUUUUUUAAUCCUCUCCUUGAAGAAAUUUUUUACUUAAUAGUUUUCCCUUGUGGAUAGUAGUACCAAUGCUAUAAAUCUGGAACUAAACUGUUGAUACUUAAACGUUGAAAACCAGGUUCUUCUUUUGACAUUAUCCAUGAACAGAGAGCGAUAUAUGACUACUUUUUCAGGAUAUUUGAGGCCAAUGUUAUUUUGAACACAAGCAUGAGCCUCAAGUUUCUAUUUCUUUUUAGAUGUGUUGCAAUGUAAUAGUAAUGAGUUUUCAGUGAUACCCCUCAACGUUUUGAAAACUGUGGAAACAUAAGCGCUAGAUGUGUUAGGAGUUCAUUGUUUAGUACCAUAAAAUAUAGUCUUCUCUCUGUGCCAAAUUGGUGAACAGACAUGUAGUUGUGUUUUAUUAAUAUUAAAUGUUUGCUACCUGUGUUUUUAUAAUAAGCACAAGUCAGAAAAAGGCAAGACAAAUGGCAUCUUGCAUUGAAUGCUUGACAAACUUUACUUGUCCUACUUUUCUGACAAAUAUUUGACUCCAGAUUUCAUAGAGUUUUUUUUUUUUUUUAAUGUAUUGUAGGGUGGAUUAGGUGGUAGUGAUGCACUGGUAGAGAUGGCGUUUAGUUAUUGACUCAGAAUUCAUGUCAUGAUGAGUUUUUUGUGUCUUCUUAUUGUAUGUAUAUCUGUAUUUACUUUAUAUAAAAAUGGAUUUAGUGAGCUUUGUGCUAAAUCUGCCUAGUAACAGUGACUUCUUUUUCAAUUAUCAAGGGAUAGAAAAUAUGUGUGUCGGUAUGUUCAUAUUAACAUAUUAUUAGGUACUGUAUAUGAAUGUGUUUAAAUGCUUCUGACAUUAUAUAUGGCAAGCAUCAAUAAUUUUCACCCACGGAAUCAGGUUAGACCAGUGGAAAAAGUGAUAGUCAAAAUCCUCUGGAGGAUUGUGCUGACAGCCAUCUUUUUGAUGUGUAUUUCAAUUGUAAUUUAUAGACCAGCUCUAACCCCUAACAUGAAUCUGGAAUGCAUUUAUCAUGACCUUGUACCAUUCCCCUAACUGAGGGGUGGGGGUAUAGCAUUUGGCUAGGUCAUCUAAAAUAUAGGAACAGAACAAUCCAUUUGGGGAAGAAUGAGUCUCAGUAUCCUAAAUGGACCUCAUCUAUGGUGGGGUUUCUUCACUCUGACAGUAUGAUGAUAAAACUUGGUAAAGGGGUCUGUGUAUAUUUUGUGCAAAUUUUACAAAAUGUUUUAUAUUGAUAAAUGCUUAAAUAGCAAAAUCCCUUUUCUGUGUCUAUAUUCCAACCAUAUUAGGAGUACUGAUUUAUUUAGAUAUUUAACUAUGAAAAAAAAAUGGCACAAAGGGACUUUCAUCUGUGGAUUGUGUUAUGUUUCUUAAGGUUCUCUGGCACUGAUGCCUAUACCAUCAUGAGAUAUGUGAAAUAAAAUGGAUUUUUGUACAAUUUAAUGAUUUCCCUCUGGGGAGAGUUCUGGUGCAGCAAUUACACUGCCAGAUGGUGUUUAUGGGCUAUUUGUGUGAGUGGUAAGAUACUAUGAAAUAAGAGUGCUUUCAUCUGAUGGAAAGUCUUGACACAUGUGUUUUUGUAUGGAACAAAUUUUGGUGCAAUAUGACGUAACAAUUUUGCAAUGAAUUUAAUUUCAUUUGUAUUAUGUAUCUGUAUACCCAUCAUGCUUCUAGUUGCUUCAACCCUUGUACAUGUAUUUUUGUCCAUAUUUUUUACUUGAAAAUAUUUUAAAUGGAAAUGAAAUAAACAUUUGAUAGUUACAUAA